CAACAGUUGACUUAGAUUGGAGCAGAUUACAGGACUCUUUUAACCUAACAGGUAAAGAGGAAUAUUCUUGUCCUUCCUUGUGUUUCUCAUAGGCUAAAGUGGACACGAUGUUCGUUUGGUUUGUUUUGUCUCUGUUGACCCUGCCAGAGGCUACAGGCACCAAUGCUGGAGUUAAUAUCAAACUAACUCAGAAAGGACUUGAAUAUGGUCGACAGACUGGUAUUGCCUCAAUCCAGCAGAAGCUAAGAACCCUCCAUGUGCCAGACAUAAGUGGCACAGAAAGUGUGGAUCCUAUUGGAAAAGUCCAGUACAGUUUAACAGGGAUGCAGAUUGUAAACCUGGGCCUACCCCAAUCAUCACUGGGGUUAGUUCCUGGUACUGGAGUCAGUCUUUCAAUUGCUAAUGCCUUUAUCAGUCUGCAUGCCAAGUGGAGAGUCAAAUAUCUUUGGAUCAUAGAAGACAGUGGAUCGUUUGAUCUGGCUGUGAGUGAACUGUCCAUUAGGACCACUAUUGCAGUCAUGAGUGAUGACACCGGCCACCCAUCAAUCAGUAUGAUCAACUGUGCAACAACUGUGGGGAGAUCAAGCAUCACGUUUCAUGGUGGGGCCAGCUGGUUGUAUAACCUCUUCAGUUCCUUCAUUAAUAAGGCCCUGCGCGAUGCUCUGCAGAAACAGAUCUGCCAUCUGGUGGCUGAUUCCAUUGCUGAAAUGAACCCCCACCUGAAAACAUUAAAUGUUAUAGCCAGAGUAGACAAGUACGCUGAGAUUGAAUACUCCAUGGUGGCAUCUCCUGCCAUUUCCAGUACCUCCAUUGACCUGGGUUUAAAGGGUGAAUUCUACAACAUCGGACAACACAAAGAACCCCCCUUCUCCCCCAAACCUUUCUCAUUGCCUUCCCAGGAUACCAGUAUGCUGUACAUUGGAGUCUCUGCCUUCACAGCCAAUUCAGCAGGUUUUGUUUACCACAGUGCUGGCGCCCUCAGCUUCAACAUCACUGAUGACAUGAUUCCCUCUGAAUCUCCACUUCAUCUAAACACGGGGACAUUUGAAGUUUUCAUUCCACAAAUUGCGAAAAUGUAUCCUGGUCUGAUGAUGCAGCUAUUGGUUAAGACAGAGAAGGAGCCCAUCCUUACAUUUGAAUCCAACAACGUGACUGUUCAAGCCAGCAGUACAGUGACAGCUUAUGCUAUCCAGCCCAACAGCACACUAUCUCCACUCUUUGUCCUUAAUCUGCAGGGCAGUGUCAGUGCUAGCGUAUAUGUGAAUGAACUCAAACUAGCUGGAGCUGUGACCCUUAACGAAAUUGACAUGAGCUUAGCAAAAAGCUACGUGGGCCCAUUCCAGGUCACAUCUCUUGAUAAUAUCUUCAAGACGGUCUUGAAAGUUGCUGUGAUUCCCAAGGUUAAUGCUCGAUUAGCGGAAGGUUAUCCACUCCCUGCCAUUGGGAUGAUGCAGCUUGUAAACACUCAACUUCAGGUUAUGAAGGACUACUUGCUGAUUGGAACAGAUGUUCAACUUAACCCUCUAUGUCAUGACUUUUUAUUUUGGGGGGGAAAAAAUAUGUUACCCCAAUGUGCUACGAGGGUACUAAAACACCAAGGUUUUCUAUAUGGAGUGGAAUGAGGAAAACAUGUAAUAUAUUCAUUAGAACACGUUUUAUUUUGACAAACAUCAAUAACAAAUGGUUCCAGCCAAUCAAAAAAACAAUGAACAAUCAAAUAAACAAACUACUACUAAUUACAACACCACAUGUAUAAAUGUUUCUUACAUUUCAUAUAAACAUAUUAACCAACAUCCGAAUGACUGUGUGUGUAUGUGUGUGUGAAUAUGUGUUUGUGUGGUUUAUUGGAUAUUGUUUGAAUCAGUGCUUCUCUUUUUGACAAAGCAUAUGAUUUCCUAUUCUGUGUGAAACCUCAGAAAGCAGUUGCUGGUGGAUGUAAAACAGAGGUGAACAUCACAUUUCCGGCACUUGGCUUUUGGUGUACCUGUGCACCCUGGUACCUUGCAUCUCCCCUUCUUUUCAGCCAUAAUCAUCCAGUGGGCUGUGGCAUCCAGGCGCACAUCAGGGACUGGAAUUGGAGCAGCAGGUCCUU